GUGGGGGCGGCGGCGGCGGCGGCGGCGGCCCGCACCAGCCAUGCCGAAUAAAAACAAGAAGGAGAAAGAAUCACCCAAAGCAGGGAAAAGUGGGAAAAGUUCAAAAGAAGGACAAGACAUAAUAGAAUCAGAGAUUCCCAGCAGGAAAAACAGCCUUGUUGCUGCCCCGUCUGCAGUAUCUAGUAAAAUAAAAGUGCCAGUCCCUCAGCCUGUAGUGAAGAAAGACAGACGGCAAAAUUCUUCCAGGUUUAGCGCCAGCAAUAAUAGAGAACUUCAAAAACUACCGUCUUUAAAAGAUGUUCCUCCUGCUGAUCAAGAGAAGCUUUUUAUCCAGAAGCUACGUCAGUGUUGUGUCCUCUUUGACUUUGUUUCCGAUCCACUAAGUGACCUAAAGUGGAAGGAAGUGAAACGAGCUGCUUUAAGUGAAAUGGUGGAAUACAUCACCCACAACCGGAAUGUCAUCACAGAGCCUGUUUACCCAGAAGUGGUCCACAUGUUUGCAGUUAACAUGUUUCGAACGUUACCACCUUCCUCCAACCCAACGGGAGCAGAAUUUGACCCAGAGGAAGACGAGCCAACGUUAGAAGCAGCCUGGCCUCACCUCCAGCUUGUUUAUGAAUUUUUCUUAAGAUUUUUAGAGUCUCCAGAUUUCCAGCCUAAUAUAGCGAAGAAAUAUAUUGAUCAGAAGUUUGUAUUGCAGCUUCUAGAACUGUUCGACAGUGAAGAUCCGAGAGAGAGAGAUUUUCUUAAAACCACCCUUCACAGAAUCUAUGGGAAAUUCUUAGGCUUAAGAGCUUACAUCAGAAAACAGAUAAAUAAUAUAUUUUAUAGAUUUAUUUAUGAAACAGAGCAUCACAAUGGCAUAGCAGAAUUACUGGAAAUAUUGGGAAGUAUAAUUAAUGGAUUUGCCUUACCACUAAAAGAAGAGCACAAGAUUUUCUUACUGAAGGUGUUAUUACCUUUGCACAAAGUGAAGUCUCUGAGCGUCUACCAUCCUCAGCUGGCGUACUGUGUCGUGCAGUUUCUAGAAAAGGACAGCACCCUCACUGAACCAGUGGUCAUGGCGCUUCUCAAGUACUGGCCCAAGACUCACAGUCCAAAGGAGGUCAUGUUCCUGAAUGAGCUGGAGGAGAUCCUGGACGUCAUCGAGCCGUCGGAGUUUGUGAAGAUCAUGGAGCCCCUCUUCCGGCAGCUGGCCAAGUGCGUCUCCAGCCCCCACUUCCAGGUGGCGGAGCGCGCACUGUACUACUGGAACAACGAGUACAUCAUGAGCCUGAUCAGCGACAAUGCAGCCCGGAUCCUGCCCAUCAUGUUCCCGUCCCUGUACCGCAACUCCAAGACCCACUGGAACAAGACGAUACACGGCUUGAUAUACAACGCACUGAAACUCUUCAUGGAGAUGAACCAGAAGCUGUUCGAUGACUGCACCCAGCAGUUCAAAGCAGAGAAACUGAAAGAGAAGCUAAAAAUGAAAGAACGAGAAGAAGCAUGGGUUAAAAUAGAAAAUCUAGCCAAAGCGAACCCCCAGUACGCGGUGUAUAGCCAGGCCAGCACCGUGAGCGUGCCCGUGGCAAUGGACACAGAUGGGCCUUUGUUUGAAGAUGUGCAGAUGCUGAGAAAGACAGUGAACGAAGAGUCUCGCCAGGCACACAAGGACCUGAAGAAGGACCGGCCCCUGGUGCGCCGCAAGUCCGAGCUGCCCGAGGACCUACACACCAAGAGCGCCCUGGAGGCCCACAGCCGAGCCGAGGACCUGGUGCCCCAGGACGGGCGCUAGCCCCCGCCGCGGCUCCGGUUCCGUAGAACCCCAGGCUCUUCGUGCCAUACCGAUCAGUCACACUCAAAGUCCAGGCUUUCCCCGACCCUGUUCUGUGCGCAAUAACGUCCCUCCGCCUCAGCUCGAGACUAGGAGUUCAAACAAUGGUGACCUCCCGGGGCUGACCCAGGGCCCCGCGACCCUGCACGGCCCCAGAUAAGAUGUGUCCCCAAGGCAGAGCUAAGGAAAGUGCCCAGCUCAGCAUCUUCCCAAACGGAAUUGGUCAUCAUCCCAGACAGGCGGCCCUGUGCUGUAAUACCCCUGUUCUUCGAAUCAAAGGAACACUUUUAAAAAGUAUUACGUGUUUUUAAAGACUUUACAGCCUUUGAGACUGCAUCCCAGUGGUUGUCACGCCAGCCGUUUCUUUCUGGGUUUUGGGGGGGGGGGGAGUUUUGUUUGGGUUUGGGGCUUUUUUUGGUUUUUUUGGUUUUUUUCUUUUUUAAUCUCAUUGAAGUGGUUCUUUGCUGCCAUGUUUCUGACACAGCUCACGGGGACGGUGGCGCGGCCACCUCCGCCGCUGCUCCCUGGCUCGGGUCGCUCUGCACCACGUCCUCCUCCUGGUAGAGCUAAAGCCAUAUCCCCACGUCUGGGGUCCCGCGCCCGGACCCCAGGAGCAAGCUCACAGGAGAAAUCUGCUUUAAAAAGAGCUUUCUCUUGCCUGGAAUUGGAGUCUUUCAGUGAUGUUUUCCUGGUUUUGCUUGCAGAAUUUUUUUUUCUCUCCGCUCACAUGUCAUUGCCCUUGAACCAGGCUCUUGGAUUAGUAAAAAUUAUCUUCUCUGAGAAUCCCACACUUUGUAAAAGUUAGGAGGAGAUCAUUUUGAGCGAGGCCAUUCCUGGUCCCAGUGGGCGGAAAGACGGAGAGACGGCACUGCCCCGACCCCUCGCCGCAGCCGGGCUCCCCAAGCUCAGAGGCGGCAGCCGCGGGGGUGGCUUCAAACGAGUCUCUUUCUGUUGAAAAGAGCACACGUUACAGACACCUCAGACAGGAAACACAGUGUCUGAGUUCUCACCAGUUUUCAGAUGCUGCUGUGUAUUUCAGACUUCCCUACAUGUAUGGAGUUUUUCGUUUUUGACGGGACAGCACUAGGAGAAGAAUCUCUAAACUCAGCGCUCGGUGUGUUCUGUAUUUCUCUCAGGGUGGCCAAUGUUUUGACUUCUUUCUCCUGCUUGGAAGCGAGCUGAGAUGUGCACCACUCCUCUAACCAUGUGGGUCUAGUUCCCUCUGUCUCCGGCAUAAGAUGCUAUAACUUCACGUUAAAUGUCUUGAUGCAUCAAAGAUAAAACGUGGCUUCUUUUAGGAUCUGUUUUUCAGUCGAGGUCUCGGGAAGCCACUGAAACGUUGUGAAAAGCAGACGUGGUUCCCGGCGCAGCCAUGGUGCCUGCCGCCCGGUGGUUUCACUGAAAUCCGCUGACAAUGUUUAUUUCUUUGUGUCUUGGAGGAAAACCAUUUUGGGCGGGAGGGGGUGGAUUUCUUGUGUUAAGAGCAAGCAGUUGACGAAAAGGCUGCCCCGGCAGAAAGCAGAGAAGCCCGCCAGGUGAGAAGCACUUCCUGAGAAACUUGACAAGCACCUGUCCACUUUACCAUUAUGAAAUUUAUCAUUUAAAAGAAGUUUAGAUGCCUUCUCCUUUUGAGGGAAAAAGGGUGCUUUUUAUUGUAUAAAGCAGUGUCUUACGUAUUUUGAUAUACCAUUGUUUGAACUUCCGUCUUUAGCUGAUAGAUUCUCAAAGAUCCUUGACUUGGAUGCUCAGCGUAUUUGGGAGCGAGGUUUCUGGGAAGCCUCUCCUUUGGCCCCGGGGAAAAAGCAAAUUGUCGCUCUUUGGGUGAUGUGUAAAGCUCAACGUAUAAGAACAUCUUUUUGUCUAGGUCUUACUUAUGCUCUUUGUUGAAGACAAACAUUCACCAAAAAAGGAGGGGGAAAGUUUUGAGAGAAACUAAUUUUCUUUGACAAGAGACACUGUUUACUAUUUUGGCCUUUUACAGGCUCCCAGUCAGUACUCGGAGUCCCUGCGCUAACUGUCCAACUUGCGUAUUAUUAUAUAGAUACACUGUUUAUUCUGCACCAAACUGAUUUCAGAAGUACUACAUGGAAAAUAAACUGGUGACUGUUUUUCUUCAUAAAGUUCUGCAUUUGGCAUCUUCACUCUUUCCGAAAUGUAUCUGUACAUCAGAAACGUCACUAUUCCGAGUGUCUUUUUAGUGCGGCUUCAGUAUGGUUUCCUUUUAAUAUUGUACAUACAUUGUAUCUUUGUUUUAUGGUAAUGAAUAAUAAAAAUGUAGACUUCAUAUUUUGUACAAAAUGUCCUAUGUACAGAAUAAAAAAAAGUUCAUAGAAACAGCAAAAA